AUGGCAGAGCUUAGUAUAUCCACGACAACAUUAUGGCAGAACCGAAAAUGUCUGUUCCUCUGCUCUCUGGUCUCGAUGGCCAACCUGCAAUAUGGAUUUGACCUGGCUGCCAUCGGAUCUCUCCAGGCCAUGCCGGGCUUCCUCAAAGUAUUUGGAUACCCAGACCCAGGCUCUGAAACAGGAUACGCAAUUGACAGCACAGUCCAACAGCUGAUAACGUCUCUCCUCACCCUGGGCUCCUUCGUCUCUUCACUGGUAGCAGGCUUCUUCUCGGCCUACCUAGGUCGCCGGCAUGCCCUGUGGCUCGCGUGCAUCGUCAACGCCAUCGCAUGCGCAAUCCAAAUAGGCGCCCCUUCCGCAGGACCGCUAUACGUGGGACGACUACUACUAGGAUUCGCGAAUGGAUUCCUGGUUACAUUCUCCAACAUCUACACUGCCGAGGCAUCGCCAGCCCAUCUGCGUGGCGUGAUGGUUGCUCUAUUCGCGUACUGGGUGAACAUCGGCAGCAUUCUGGGUGCCGCGGUGGAUAACAAGACCAAGGAGAGGAUGGAUCGCCUUUCAUAUCGGAUUCCCUUGGCUUGCCUCUACAUCGUCCCUACGUUCCUCUCCAUGGCGCUGUUCUUCGUCCCCGAGAGUCCACGGUGGCUUCUCCAUCGAGGAAAAGUCCCAGCGGCGAGACAAGCACUAGAACAGCUUCGCGGCACCAGCUACGCCACCCUCCGUGCAUCAUCCAGCGAUGACGAGAUUGCCCCAUCUCUCCUCGAACUGGAAUGGGCGGAGAUGAUCAAGGGCGUUGAGGAAGAAAGGCGCGAGCAGGGUACCGUUACAGCGUUGAACAUGUUCCGCGGUGAGUUGCACCCCUUCCAUCUCGAAAAGAAAUGUCCACUCAUCUACAAAUGUAAUGGAAUCGACCUCCGCCGCACAAUCCUCUGCUACUGCAUGAUCGGCUGCCAAUCCGCGUCCGGCGUGUGGUUCCUCAUCGGCUACCAAACCUACUUCUUCAGCGUAUCCGGGAUCACCAAAGCCUUCGAGUUCUCGAUCAUGAACACCUGCUUCGGCUUCCUGGGUGUCAACAUCGGCAUGUACGCCAUCCGGAACUGGCUCGGCCGGCGCGCAAUCCUCAUGCUCGGCGCCGUCGCCUGCGGCCUAUGCCAACUCGGAAGCGCCAUUGCCGCCACCGUGAGCCCCAACUCUCUGCCCACCGGCCAGGCGCUGGUGGCCUUCACGGCGCUGUUCAUGUUCUUCUACAACGGCUGCGUGGGCGCCGCCAGUUACCCCGUCGCGACGGAGCUGGUCCGCUCGAGGUUGCGCGCGUGGACGGUCGGCACGGCCACGUCGUUGGGCUACCUGCUGGCUUGGUUGGUGAACUUCUGUACCCCGUACUUUAUCAAUCCUGAGCAUUUGAAUUGGGGCGCCCGCUACGGCUAUAUCUGGGCUGGGUCGAACCUGGCCUGUGUCGUCUUCUUCUACUUCUUUAUUCCGGAAAUGAAGGGUCGCUCGCUGGAGGAGUUGGAUGAGAUCUUCGCUGCUGGGGUCUCGGCUCGCAGGUUCGCGUCCUAUCAGUGUCUUAUUGGGGAGGCGGCUAGAAUUGAUGCUGUCCAUGCGGAGGGUCGGAAACAUACCUUGGAUAUGUAG